AUGAACUUCAAUAUCAAGGAAAGACCUAUUGUCCAAGUGGAUCUUCCGGGCUCCGAGAGCGAGGCGUUCUUGCCCCGCAUCAUUGGGGGCAGAAUGACCCUGCAGAACGUGGUGCCGGAGCGCAGGCGCCGCCCCAGGGCCAAAAUGGAUAAGGGCUACGGAGUCGGGGAGAUUCCACUUCCAGAUGAGUCAGAUGGUGACCGUGACAGCUCCUCCGAUACCAAAAUCCGUCCGCCAGUUCGUGUUUCCCAGGAAGGAUCAGAUUCCUCAGAGGAUGAGGAAGUAAGCUCCUCCGACACCGAGGUGCGUCCGCCAAUUCGUGAUCCCCAGAAGGGAUCAGAUUCCUCAAAUGAUGAGGAAGAAAGCGCCUCCGACACCGAGAUGCGUCCCCAGGAGGGAUCAGAUUCCUCAGAGGAUGAGGAAGGAAGCGCCUCCGACACCGAGAUGCGUCCGUUAGUUCGUGGUCCACAGGAAGGAUCAGACUCCUCAGAGGAUGAGGAAGAAAGCGCCUCCGACACCGAGAUGCGUCCCCAGGAGGGAUCAGAUUCCUCAGAGGAUGAGGAAGUAAGCUCCUCCGACACCGAGGUGCGUCCGCCAAUUCGUGUUCCCCAGAAGGGAUCAGAUUCCUCAAAGGAUGAGGAAGAAAGCGCCUCCGACGCCGAGAUGCGUCCCCAGGAGGGAUCAGAUUCCUCAGAGGAUGAGGAAGGAAGCGCCUCCGACACCGAGAACCCAAAGACUCCUCGCAACCUGAUCCGUCCUCCGACUCCUUUUAUCCGCAAGAAGUUUUCAGCCAAGAGGGCUGCUUUCCAGGAAGAAUCAGAUUCCUCAAAGGAUGAGGAAGAAAGCGCCUCCGACACCGAGAUGCGUCCGCCAAUUCGUGUUCCUCAGGAAGGAUCCGACUCCUCAGAGGAUGAGGAAGAAAGCGCCUCCGACACCGAGAACCCAAAGACUUCUCGCAACCUGAUCCGUCCUCCGACUCCUUUUAUCCGCAAGAAGUUUUCAGCCAAGAGGGCUGCUUUCCAGGAAGAAUUAGAUUCCUCAAAGGAUGAGGAAGAAAGCGCCACCGACACCGAGGUGCGUCCGCCAAUUUGUGUUCCCCAGAAGGGAUCAGAUUCCUCAGCGGAUGAGAAAGGAAGCUCCUCCGACACUGAGAUGCGUCCCCAGGAGGGAUCAGAUUCCUCAGAGGAUGAGGAAGGAAGCGCCUCCGACACCGAGAUGCGUCCGUUAGUUCGUAGUCCACAGGAAGGAUCAGACUCCUCAGAGGAUGAGGAAGAAAGCGCCUCCGACACCGAGAACCCAAAGACUCCUCGCAACCUGAUCCGUCCUCCGACUCCUUUUAUCCGCAAGAAGUUUUCAGCCAAGAGGGCUGCUUUCCAGGAAGAAUCAGAUUCCUCAAAGGAUGAGGAAGAAAGCGCCUCCGACACCGAGAUGCGUCCGCCAAUUCGUGUUCCUCAGGAAGGAUCCGACUCCUCAGAGGAUGAGGAAGAAAGCGCCUCCGACACCGAGGUGCGUCCGCCAAUUCGUGUUCCCCAGAAGGGAUCAGAUUCCUCAGCGGAUGAGAAAGGAAGCUCCUCCGACACUGAGAUGCGUCCCCAGGAGGGAUCCGACUCCUCAGAGGAUGAGGAAGAAAGCGCCUCCGACACCGAGGUGCGUCCGCCAAUUCGUGUUCCCCAGAAGGGAUCAGAUUCCUCAGCGGAUGAGAAAGGAAGCUCCUCCGACACUGAGAUGCGUCCCCAGGAGGGAUCAGAUUCCUCAGAGGAUGAGGAAGGAAGCGCCUCCGACACCGAGAUGCGUCCGUUAGUUCGUGUUCCACAGGAAGGAUCAGACUCCUCAGAGGAUGAGGAAGAAAGCGCCUCCGACACCGAGAACCCAAAGACUCCUCCCAACCUGAUCCGUCCUCCUACUCCUUUUAUCCGCAAGACGUUUCCAGCCAUGAGGGCUCCCCUGCACCUGAUAUAUCCUCCAAAGAUACCGAAAACAAAGGCUCCCCAGGAGAAUUUGCCAGUCACAGAGGCUCCCCCGAAGGAGUUGCCGGUCCCAAAGGCCCCCCAGGACUUGAUCCACCUAGAGAAGUCACCGAAACCAACGGAUUUCCUGCGCCUGCUCCGCCCAACUCCUGGGCCGCAGCGUCCAGAUGUCAUCUUCGACGAUGGAGACCGCCACUGCGAUGCUGAGGUCGGUCACAUAAAUCGCAGGAAGUUACCGGACCGAAAGCGUUACAAGGACCUGAUCUUUCCUCGCCCAUAUGUGGCCGAGCAGAACCCACCGGUAGCCGGGACUCCCCCUGGCCUGUUCUGCCCCAUUGAUGUUCCCCAGCCGCAGGGGGCGGUCACAAAGCCUGCCCCGAUCCGUCCUGUUCCCCAAAGUGCCUCCUUGGGUAAGAGGCGUCGCCCCAAGGCAUCCGACUGGGAGCCUUUGCCGAAGAAGAAGCGCACUGCUAGCCUCCGCCGAGGUCUCCAAUCCCAGGCCAAAGAUGGGCUGAUCAAUAGGAAGGGGGCAAUCAAGGAAAACCAGGCGAAGGAACCAACAGCUCCGAAAUCGAAGAAACGCCAAUAG